AUGGGUGUCUCUUGUGUGUUUAGUUAUCCAGUACCUGAAGGUCGCAGUGGAGCCCAGGUGGUAGAUAUCUUACAGAAACAGGUGGAGACUAUGGGUGGUAGUAAGACGGGUACAUUCUAUGUGGACUGUGAGACGUAUCAAUCAGUUAUGCUUAAUCCUCCAAAAACAUUGCAUAUACUUCACAACAGUGAGUAUCCAGCAUCAUGUUUUGCCAUUUUGGAUUCUGGAGCCACUCUUGUUGCCGAUACACUAUUUAUAGCCUUGAUGUCAAACUUGAAGAAUAUAUACCAAGCAUGGAAGGGAGCCAAGAUCGAGUCCAAAGGCAACAGAUUCCAGUUGGCAGACUUCAUAUUAAAGAUUGGCUCUGUGUCUUUAGCCGGCAGCUUUAAAGGCAUCUUACUCGAGGUGGAAUAUUGCCCCUGUAUAGUAGCCAGUGAGUGCUGGGCCAUGCUGAAGGAACUACUACAGAGCCUCAUUGGGAACAUUGCUGAGAGCCCACCAAGUGCCCUCAAAAAAAAAAAAUGGAUGAAAUCUACACCCCAGCAACCACAAUGUUGCAGUACUUGGACCAUUUCAACAACUUUAGGAAAGCUGCCGCCAUGA